AUGGCGCCCCGACGGCUGCUGCUGCUGCUGCCGUGGCUGCUGCCGCUGCUAUCCCCCCGCGCCGUCGGGGCCGAGGCGGAUCCUGCCCUGGCGCCUCCCGCGGACGAGCUGCUGGCGGCCGGCGCGGAGGCCUACGCGCGCGGGGACUGGGGCGCCGUCAUCCUGCACAUGGAGCGGGCGCUGCGGGCGCGGGAGGCGCACCGGGCGCGGCUCGUCCAUUGCCGCCUGCGCUGCGCCGCCUCGGCCAGCCCCAACCGCACCGACGGCGGAGCCUGGCCGGACCCGCAGGAGCAGCGGCCGCCUUCUCCUAGCGGGCUGCUGCGGCGGCCGCUGGGCGAUCUCCGCUUCUUCGGGCAGCUGCUCCGCCGCGCCGGUUGCCUCCGCCAGUGCUUGCCCGACGGCUUCUCCCGCUUCCAGCUCGGCGAAGAAACGGAGUUGGAGUUCCGCAAGCGCAGCCCGUACAACUACCUCCAAGUGGCUUACUUCAAGAUCAACAAGCUCGACAAGGCCGUAGCAGCUGCCCACACCUUCUUUGUGGCCAAUCCCGACCACAUGGAGAUGCGGCAGAACCUGGAUUAUUACCAGAUGAUGGCUGGCGUCAAAGACUCGGACUUCGUUGACUUGGAGGCUAAGCCACACAUGCAAGAAUUCCGCCUAGGUGUGAGUUACUACACUGAGGAAAAGCCACAGGCAGCCAUCUUACACCUGGAGAAGGCACUGGAAGGAUUCUGGGCAGCUGACACUGCAUGCCGAGCCCUUUGUGAGGGGCCCUACGAUUACGAAGGCUACAACUACCUGGAGUACAACGCCGACCUUUUCCAAGUGAUUGUUGACCAUUACACGCAGGUGUUGAGCUGCAAGCAAGCCUGUGCCGUUGAACUCGCUUCUCAGGCUGGCCGCGACAAGCCCAUCGAGGACUUCCUUCCAUCUCAUUUCAACUACCUGCAGUUUGCGUACUACAACAGUGGUGACUACGAGAAGGCCAUUGAGUGCACCAAGACCUAUUUGUUGUUCUUCCCCCACGAUGAAGUGAUGAAUCAGAACCUGGCCUACUACACGGCGGUGCUUGGGGAGAACCUGGCUAGGCCCAUCCGCCCCAGGGAGAAUGCCGAGGUCUACCAGCGGCGGCACCUGCUGGAGAAGGAAUUGCUUUUCUUCGCCUAUGAUGUCUUUGGGAUCCCCUUUGUGGACCCGGACACGUGGACCCCAGAAGAGGUGAUCCCAAAGAGGCUGAGGGAGAAACAGAAGGUGGAGCGCGAGACGGCUGCACGCAUCACGGAAGAGAUUGGCAACCUCAUGAAGGAGAUAGAGACCCUGGUGGAGGAGAAAACCAAAGAGUCCACAGACAUGAACAAGUUUGUUCGGGAAGGAGGCCCCUUGGUCUAUGAUGGGCUCAGCAUCACCAUGAACUCCAAACUGUUGAACGGCACCCAGCGCGUGGUGGUAGAUGGCGUCCUCUCCGAGGAGGAGUGCAGGGCCCUGCAGAGGCUCACCAACGCAGCUGCCUCCGCUGGGGAUGGUUAUCGUGGGAAAACCUCCCCACACACGCCCAGCGAGAUCUUUUACGGUGUGACGGUUUAUAAAGCCCUCAAACUGGGACAGGAAGGCAAAGUGCCCAUGCACAGUGCCUACCUCUAUUACAACGUGACUGAGAAGGUCCGGCGCGUGAUGGAGUCCUAUUUCCGUCUGGACGUGCCGCUGCAUUUCUCCUAUUCUCACCUGGUGUGCCGUACUGCGAUAGAAGAUAAACAAGAGGACCGGACAGACCUCAGCCAUCCUGUGCACGUGGACAACUGCGUCUUGAACGCAGAGGCCCUGGUGUGUGUCAAGGAGCCGCCAGCAUACACGUUUCGGGACUACAGUGCCAUCCUUUAUUUAAAUGGAGAUUUUGAAGGAGGCGCCUUUUACUUCACGGAGCUGGAUGCCACAACCAUGACAGCUGAAGUGCAGCCCCAGUGUGGUCGGGCCGUGGGUUUCUCCUCAGGCUCAGAAAACCCGCAUGGCGUGAAAGCUGUAACCAAGGGCCAACGCUGUGCCAUCGCCUUGUGGUUCACCCUGGACCCCCGGCACAGUGAACGGGAAAGGGUUCAGGCUGACGACCUGGUGCGGAUGCUGUUCAACACAGAGGAAGCAGAGCUCCCUCCAGAGCAGACGCCGGCUACAGAAGCUCCCGGACAGGACAGCGCUUUAGGGAAAGAUGAACUGUAAACGCCGCCAUCCACUUGAACAGCAAGAACUUUGGAGACGCUGAAAAAUUGAGAGUAGCCUGUGGAUUGGGGCCUUCCUCCAGUGAGCAAGGACAACUGAUCAUCACUAGUUUCUGAGUACCAACGUGAAGCAUUCCCCAGAGUACAGUUGCUCUGGCUUAGCAGGACUUAUGGAAGGAGGAUUUGGGGGCGGGGGAGACAUACCCACUUACCCUCUCCUCCUGUCCUGUCCCCACCCUCAGAUGAUCUGUUUCUCAGAGGGCAGAAGCCCUCGCAUGUCAGUAGGCCAUGCCAUUGACCUCAGUUCCAUUUUUUUAAAGUAUUAUUAGGAAUAGCCCUUCAUUCGAUAGAGGGAAGCCUUCAAGCAAACUAGAACAGCUGUCAGAGUUGGAUACAUGCCCCAUUUGAGUGAAGCCACACCCACAGGCACCCCUAGACCCAGCCCCUGCCAUGGGACACCCCAACUUCCCCCUGAGGGAGUAUUGCCCCCCAACAGGGGAGAAGGGGCAGCCAAAUACGUGUGUCCCCCAACCGACUAAUCUCCACUGCUUCAAUCUGCCCUUAUUGGCUUAUGGAGUUACUCCACAUGGUCACAUUUAAAUUAAUUUAAAUUAAUGGAUAUUAAAAACAAAAGACCCCUAGGUUUUUUGAGUGAAGCCACACCCACAGGCACACCGCUAGGUUCCCAUUUGUAUGCAUGCAAAAUUUUAGGUGCCUGCCUGUUCGUAACAGGCAUAUGGCGAGCCAGUUUUGGAGUAGCAAAAGACCUGAGUUCAAAUCCCAACUUGGCCAAGAAGCUCACUGGGAGACCAUGGGCCAGUCCCUGUCUCACAGCCUAAGCUACCUCACUGUGCUGGGAGGACAAUAGGGGGUAACCCAAGGUAUGUUGCCUGAGAUGCCAAAUAAGUGCCAAAUAAGUUCUAGAGGCAGCUGGACAACCGUCUGUCAGGGAUGCUUUAGGGUGGAUUCCUGCAUUGAGCAGGGUGUUGGACUCGAUGGCCUUGUAGGCCCCUUCCAACUCUGCUAUUCUAUGAUUCUAUAAGUUCAGAUGGGUGCUGCUUUCCUGCUCCUGAACAGCUAAGAGUCUUUCAUGGGCAACUGCUGAAUAAAAUCUUUCUUCUUUA